CCGGGUAUCGGUGUUUUGAGAGCUCGGGACGGUUUAACCGGCAGGUGUAAGUGCGUCACUACCUCCGACAAGAUGGCGGCGCCGAGCGGCCACGACAAAAUGGCGGCAGAGGUGGCGGGGGAGUACAUGCAGGUGGUGGUCGGCGGGGGCUUGGAGCCCGGGCAGCAGGUAAUGGUGCUGCAGGGGUCGGCCGGGGAGGAAAUGAGGGCGGCGAAUAUCAGCACGGAGCUGCUGCAGACCAUCGCCCACACCGACACUGUCUACUACGUGCAGCCGGACGGAACCCUGGUGCCCGGGGGCACCCUGGCCGAGGUGACUGGGGGAGAGGGCGCCAUCGGAGCCCCUGUCAUGAUGGACGCCGCCCUGCAGCUGAAGAACGUGGCAGACCAUGUGGCCCUCAAGCAAGGGGCCCCUAGCCAGGUGUCCAGGAUCCUCCACCAGAAGCAGCUAAAAUCGAUUUGUGUGCAAGUGCCAGGCCUGAAGCCUAAGGAGAGCAGCGAAUCGGUGACUGUCCAAGAAAACCCGUCUACCCCUGUGAAUGUGAGCGCCGAUAAUACCAGCGUUGUCACCGCCCAGGUGGUACAGGCGAAGGCAGUCCCUCCGCCAUCUCAGCCCUUUGUCGUCAAAGCCAUGCAGCAGCCCUCUGUUGUCAAAGCCGUGCAUCCUCCCGUUCAAAUUCUCAUCCAGCAUACUCCGGUUCAGUCCACGCAGGUGAACACACCAGACGCCGAUGGCAACGAGGCAAUAGACUCGGCCGAGGAGCACGGGUGUUGCGUAGCGCACCAUCAGUACAGCAGCUGCGCGCCGGGCACCGCCAAGAAAGGCCAGAAGCGCAAAAAGGCCAUCAAGAUCAAAACGCGUUCCGGGCGCAUCUCCCGGCCCCCCAAACACAAGGCCAAAGAUUACAAGUUUCUUAAAGUGGGGGAUUCGAUUCAAGACAGCUCGGGGGAUUCUGAGGACUCUUCGGAGCCGAGCACAGAGGACGAAGAAGGGGGCGGCGGCGGCAAAGAGAGGGCGCCUAGGGACAGGCAGCCGUACGCGGUUAAAAACUCGCUGUUCCAGUGUCAGAAAUGCGAGAAGUCCUACAUGGGGAAAGGAGGACUAUUCCGCCACUACAGACUUUAUCCUGCCCAUGGACAGAUGGAUCCGUUGUUUGUUCUUGAAGCCAAGAAAAGUGUUGAUGGCGGAGGCACGGGGGAACAAAAGAAGCCCACCCCAAGGCCUCGAAAGAGAUUGCUGGAAGAUCCUGCGAACCCCAGUGUGUCCAACCAGCAAACCCUGUCUAGGGAUGGUUUAGAGAUUACAUCAGUUAUGACUCCAUACAGGGGCCGUCGGCAAAUGUCCGCGAGGAAGUUUGGACACCCCCGUAAAAUACUACGUAAUGGGACAGUAGAAGAGCAUGCGCGGACAGUAAAAGAUCUGAUUCAACAGUGUGAAGAGAAGGAUUUAAAAGAACAAGUUGCCCCAAGUUUAACCAAGCUGCUGUCGGUGUAUGACUUCUUGCUUCUCAAGGUGAAACAAGAGCAGGUGGACAACAAGCCAUUGUUUCCGUAUGUGUACAGGGAGUUUGAGAAGCUGCAUUUCAUGGUCAAGAGCUUGGCUGAGGACUACGUCAUUAACAUGGAUCAAAAUGUUGAAAAACCUCUUGAAGUAACUGAUAGCAAGGUGGCAGAAACUUUGGGCAUUUCCAAAGAGAUGACCGUCAACGCUGCUUCAUCCUCUUCAGUUACUGCCGAGCAGCAGACUCAGAUCGAGGAACAUAACGAGUCUUCAGAUGAAGAGUUGAUGCCACCAGCAAAGCGGUUAAAAAUCGGUGAUGAGGACAGCAAGGAUGAGGCAGAAAACAUGACUACAGGAAUUGCUGAGACAGCACAGAGUGGAGGUCCGGGACAGCAUGAUAACAAUGAAGUGGUACUCCUUUCAUCAACUGACCCUGGCACUGCAAGCGAAGAAGUAGAACAAGAAACUUCUGCUGCCAUUAAUGAUGUACUGGUGGAAGUCACGGAGAGUCUGCAAGUACAGACGGACACAGAGCCUAAAUAUGAUUCCCAGGAAUCCCUGCCUUCUCCCUACAGCACAGAUGCUUCCCAGUCACAGGAGCAUCCUCUUAACCUUUCUUGUCAACUCACGGAGGAGAUUCUGAAUCUCCAAACUCGCAUCGACCAAAACGACACAAAGGAGACAGGUGAAGCAGAACCUUCUGCAAAUCUCCCCGUGGCCUGUGAUGACCCCGAGCCAGCCGACCCUGAGGUACCUUGUGAUAGUAGUCUAGCUUCCAUUGACUGUUCACAGGUGGUGGAUCACACAAGAACUAUCCUCACUACUUCUGUUCCAACAACUUUAGCAGAGGCAAUGUGCAGAGAAGUCCCCCAGGUGUCCUUUGUAGAGGUAGGGGGUGCCUUGAUCCCCACCACCAACACUUUCACCACGGGAAGUUUGAACAUGAGUGGGGUCACCCCAACUUUUAGUCUAAAUCAGGGUCACGAACUUGUGUUUAUUCACAAUACAGAAGAAACUGCCACAGAAGAGGCGGUCGUGAUUUUCGAUAACACAGGAGGCGUAGAAACAAACUUGGACACAGUGGUGGCUUUGGUGGAGAUGUAG